UGUCUUCAGCAGCAACACUCUCUUUCUCUUUCAUUUCUUCAUUUUCCCUCUCCACCUUCAGAAAAAUCCAGUCUUUCCCAUUAACACCCGCUUCUCCAAUUCUCAUUUCAAACCAGACCAAAAUCAUGAACAUUGCUUCUUCACAAUCAAAAUCACAACCCAGAGCAGUUGUUGUUGUUCCAAACUUAGACCCUGUUGAAACUGAUAAAAUCACUGAUGAGACAUUUAGAAGAUACUACUCAAAUUAUAAUGUGAAGAGGAAUGGUGGGAAUGUGGCUUCAAUUGUUUGGUUUAGGAAUGAUUUGAGGGUUUUGGAUAAUGAAGCUCUCUAUAGAGCUUGGAUGUCCUCUCAAUCCGUCCUUCCUGUUUAUUGUAUUGAUCCUAGGAAUUUUGGGACUACACAUUACUUUGGAUUUCCUAAAACUGGAGCUUUAAGGGCACAAUUUCUGAUUGAGUGCUUAGCUGAUUUGAAAAAGAAUUUGAUGAAGCGAGGUUUGAAUUUGGUUAUACGACAUGGAAAACCCGAAGAUAUCCUCCCUUCAAUUGCAAAAGCUGUUGGAGCUCACACAAUUUAUGCCCAUAAAGAAACUUGUAGCGAGGAGUUACUCGUGGAAAGACUUGUCAAGAAACGGUUGCAAGGAGUAUCUCCACAAUCAGAGAGAUCCACAUCCACCAGUCAAAAUCCUACAAAUGUGAAGCUUGAGCUUAUCUGGGGAAGUACUAUGUAUCAUAUCGAUGAUCUCCCAUUUAAUACGAGUAAUUUACCCGACAUAUAUACCCAAUUUCGUAAGUUGGUUGAAUCCAAAUGCGCAAUUCGUGGCUGCUUUAAAUUUCCACCAUCACUUGGGCCACUUCCCAGCAACGAUCUUUGCAAAAUUGGGGGAUGGGGAGAUGUUCCUUCGCUUGACCAGCUUGGUAUCAUUCAUGUAGAGGGAGAAAAAGGGAUGUACUUUGUUGGUGGUGAAAGUGCUGCUCUGGGCAGAGUGUACGAGUACUUUUGGAAGAAGGAUUUGCUCAAGGUGUACAAGCAUACAAGGAACGGUAUGCUAGGUCCUGAUUACUCAACAAAAUUCUCUCCGUGGCUUGCUUUCGGAAACGUCUCUCCACGUUUUCUCUAUGAAGAAGUAAAGAGAUAUGAGAAGGAUAGGCUAGCAAAUGAUUCAACAUAUUGGGUACUGUUUGAAUUAAUAUGGAGGGACUAUUUCAGAUUCAUUUCAAUAAAAUAUGGAAAUUCGAUCUUCCAUUUAGGUGGACCGAGAGAAGUAGAGGCUAGGUGGAGCCAAGAUCUCAAUCUCUUCGAAUCUUGGAGAGACGGCCGUACAGGGUACAUAAUCAUAUCCUUUCUCGCAAUUUUAUUGAACAUGAAGCUUAUCAUUAGCUCGAACAUUUGUAGGUAUCCUCUUAUAGACGCAAAUAUGAAAGAACUGUCAGCAACUGGUUUCAUGUCAAACCGAGGACGACAGAUAGUUUGCUCGUUUCUUGUUAGGGAUAUGGGAAUUGAUUGGCGUAUGGGUGCCGAGUGGUUUGAAACUUGCCUCUUGGAUUAUGACCCAUGUUCAAAUUAUGGGAACUGGACAUACGGUGCAGGUGUUGGUAAUGAUCCAAGAGAAGAUCGAUACUUCAGCAUCCCCAAGCAAGCCCAGAAUUAUGAUCCAGAGGGCGAAUACGUCGCAUACUGGUUACCGCAAUUGCAAAAACUUCCAAAGGAUAAAAGGAAUUUUCCACAUGAGAAAUCAUAUAUCAAACAAAUUGUACCUCUGAAGUUUAGCAAGCCAAAUCAUGGUCACAGCCAUGCUAAAACCACUUCAAGAAGAAAAUGAUCGAAUGAACCUUUUUGUCGCCGAGUGUUGAUAAUAAAAUUAUAAGGAAAAACAUGCCGCUGGUAAUAUAAGCCAUAUGCACUUACAAAGAACAAUGAAAUUCUAUUUGGCCGCAAUGAGAAGGUUUUUGCUUGCUAUAACCUACAAACUAAUUAAAGCUUCGAAAGAAGCAUUGGUCAUGGAAGUUUUUCCAAGCAAUCACUCAGAUAAACAGUUUUUCUCGUUGAAAGCUCGUGGAAAAAAAUCCGAGAUAUUUCAAGUCAGCCAUGAUCCAGACAGAGUAAUAUGAGCCACAUAUUCCUGUGUUAUCCGGAUAGAAUACCCAGUCUUUUCCAUAGAGUAGAACACUUCACAGCUUGUUUUCCUUUUUUUGGUGAGGGUCAGUCAGUCAUGCUUCUGCAAUUCCACCACCACCACCACAAUAAUAUUGGUUCUUCCAUAUUCAAUGAAAUAAUUUUCACCAAAAGAAGAAGGAAGUCUUUGAUAUUCCUGCAGCCUCUAAAUGCCGUUGAGAAUGAUUCUGAAUUCGAGUUGGAUAGAAAGAAGAAGGCACGAGAAGCUCUAAAACAGCUCGACAACCAGCUUCAAAGCCUCACCACCACAACUCCACCGCCAAACAUAAGGAGGGUCUCUUCUUCUCCGCCCAAAAAUUUGGAUUCCAAGGCUGACAUAGAUAGAGAUAUGAUGAGGGAACCACCACCGGAGUAUUCUGAUUCAUUUUUUGCGUAUUCGGCGUUUGCUCUCCUGUUUAUCUCAGUUUUCUACAAUAUAUUAUUCCUCACAGUUAUUAAACCAUCUAUUGAUGGACCAGCACCAGCUGCAUAUACUUACAUUAGCACUAAUCAAGCUGUCAAAGAAGCUCCAAAUGAUUCACCACCAACUGGUAUCCCGGAGUGAGAUAAUAUCGAUUGUUCCGACCGACCUACAAGGGAUAAUUUCACCCCCGUUGUAAAUUGGUGAGAGCCUCUUCUUUCUUGCAAGUUUUGUUCCAACUGUCUUACUUAGUCUGGGUAACUGGGUUACAACCAAUAAACAUCAAUUAUGAUUUUGUUUGCCAACAGCAUUCACUGAAGUGUCAGGUGGAAUGCUACAUAUUUUACAUGUACUA